CCAGUACGACAACAAAGAAGUCUCGGAAGCGUGCUGUGUGCGUGCUGAUGCGCUCGCUGUCGCCGCACAUGGCAAGAAAGGCAUUGAAUGACGAGAUUUGAGCACGUGAGCCGAGGAUAUGUUAAGGGCAGAUAUGAGAGACCAGACUACAUCAUGAAUACAAGAUGAGUGAGGGGGGAAGCCAGGGCCCAGACCCUCUGGGCCCUGCCAGCUACUCCGGAACAGGAGGGGGUGGCACUGUAGUUUACCCACUUCCUCCUUCACAACCUGCCACCCCUUCCUCUACCGUCCAGGACACCUAUAAAGAUUCAGACUAUCCAGGUUCUGACAUCAAUGGAGCCAAUGGAUCCAAAUCCUCAUCUUCUGGUCUUCCACCAUUCAGCUCUUUCAAUGCAGCAGAUGUAUCGGACGGUCUUAAUUCUCGGUUGACAGGAGAUUCUUUUAGUGAAGGUCUGACCAGUCGCUUGCUUGAUCUCACACCAUGGGACUACUACGAUGGACUCACAGGAAGACUGAUGGAACGUGGCGAUGGCCUGCCUGUUCUCGUUCCACAACCGCAGUAUCGCCCUUGGGAAAGCAAGCCUCCAGAUGGUCUUCAUCACGACUCUUUGCUUAAAUCCAUAGCCCCUGCACCCCCUUCUGCUAUUCCAGCAUUCACCGACAAUUUCGGUGCUCCUGUUACCAAUGCAAGUAAAUUGCCGUCGUUUCAGUCUCAGUUUACUGCAUUUUCUCAAGAGCAAACUGUCACUGGAAACAAUGGGGAGGUUCUGACUACUUUAAGUGCCGCCUCGCCUUCUCCGUCCUCAUCAUCUUCUGGCUUACCUAGUUUCCACACUCUUUCCGCCGUUAAUCCUCGGCCUGGUUACCCUCUAGUGCCUGCGCCCGUGCAAGCUAGAGAGAUACCAUCAAUUCAGCAGCAGUUUCUGGAUGAACGUCACAUUCAACUAUUCACACAUACUCAAACGUUUGGUCCCCCUCAUAAUCAACCAACUGUAACUACUCUGGGUAAUGCUCAGUUUCAUCAUCACCCUCAUCAGAUAACGCUUGCUCCACCGAAUUCUGCUCCAACUCUUCUCCAAGGGAAUACUUUGAUGGCUCAAAAUGCUCCUACAGUGCUGACUGUAGUAAAGACUGAACCUGUGACUCUUGUCACAACUGACUACAAAAUGGCACCUCAACAAUUAACGCAACUACAUCACAGUAAUUUUCAGAAUCCGAUGGGUGUUUUGGAAGCUAAUAAGUUAAGUGAUGGAAUAAAAUUUGGUGAUAGCCCACCAUUGAGAGGAAUGGACUCUAGGAAAAAAGAAAGACGGAAAGUGCGAACAUCUUCUCUGGAGAGUUCAACCGAGAGUGAUGGAGCCGGGAGCAGCAGUGUGGAGAGUUCUGGUCAAGUAGCCGCUAUAUCCAGCACAGCGGGAUUUAAGUCUCCUAUGCAGCCGUCGAGCACCCCGUCAAUCUCCGACAGCGAGGGAGAGAAGCCCAUCAAGAAGAAACGCAAGCGCUGCGGUGAGUGCACCGGCUGCCAACGCAAGGACAACUGUGGCGACUGCGCGCCUUGCCGCAAUGACAAGAGCCACCAGAUCUGCAAGAUGAGACGGUGUGAGAAAUUAACAGAAAAGAAGGUAGGACUUUUUGGUUUCAACAUGUUUGCACGCACGGUAGUACUUAAUCUAAACCAUUAUUUUAAACUGUAGAUUAGUUAAUUUGUUAUGUGUUCUUAAAUCAAUUCUGUGCAUGAAUGUGUAGUGCAUGAACAAAUCGGUCAUCGUGCAAUGCAGUGCCAAAUUAAAUUAAAUUUUGCAAAGCAGUUAUUAAGUUUCUACGAUUUAAAUAUUUGUGGCUGUACAGUGAUUUAGUUAGUGUAAAACGUUUUUAGUGUUGUGACUGGUGAGUGAUUUCAUCAACAUUGCGGUUCUCGCUAAACACUUUAUAAGAAUAAGUGCGAACUCAAGCUCCAGCAUGAAUCUAUUGGAGAAGAAAUGCCAUUUUCAAGGUAAAGUUACGUAUGUACAAUGUAUGUACAAUUAAUGUGAGCAUAUGUACCAGUUUAUUUAGUGAAUACAUACAGAAUAUUUAGAUACACUUUUGAGCAGUCCCUAAAAAUUUUUUUUAUUAUAAUAUGAAUAUGGUAAAAUAUUUCACUAUGUUUUGUCAGCACUAAAAUUUUUCUAUGUAAAAAAAUUUGAGAAAUAUAUCUUACCUCUUUUCUAAUAGCUGCACCACGUGAUAAUAAAUUAAUGGAAGUUA